AUGGCAGCUGUUGUUUACAUACGGACUACUCAUCCAGAUCAUGGAACUUGUUCAACUAUAGUCUGCUCAAAGUCUAAGGUUGCUCCAUUGAAGAAGAUGUCUAUUCCCAGACUCGAACUCACCGCAGCAUUGCUGCUUGCCAGACUAAUCACUUAUGUAAGGAACAACUUAGACAUUCAGCCAACUCAACUCGUAUGUUGGACAGACUCCUCAGUGACUUUGACCUGGAUUCAGUCUCACUCAUCCCGUUGGAAGAAGUUUGUAAGAAACAGAGUGUCAGCAAUUCAAGAUCUCACUCCAAUCAGCGUUUGGAGGUUUGUACCUGGCAAACAAAAUCCAGCGGAUUGUGCUUCUCGAGGUAUCAGCAUAUCCCAGCUUCGGAAGCACCCCCUGUGGUGGACAGGACCACAGUGGUUAACAGCAGACGAAUCAUUAUGGCCAACUCAAUCAUCAGUGUACGAUUCAAAAGCUCAGCAGGAAGAGCGGCCCGGGCUCACUUUACUUACUCAGACAAUUCAACAUGAUUAUCAUUGGGAUAUGAUAUACAGACAUUCACGGCUAAUCAAAUUGCUCAGAGUGACUGCAAUUUGCUUCAGAUUUAGCCAACUCCUCAGACGAGUACCGCAGUCAUCUCUCACCUUCCCUCUCACGCCACAAGAAUUAGAGAGAGCAAGGAUUUUUUGGAUAAAGGCAACUCAAGAAUCGUACUUCUCACAAGAAAUCAAGCAGAUCAACUCAAAUUCACUGCCCGUCUCACACCCCCUCGCACGAUUGACAGCAUUUAUUGACACUCAAGGCGUCAUACGUGUUGGAGGGAGGUUAGCAAAUGCUAGCUUGGACCAAGAAGCAAAGCAUCCUGCAAUCCUACCACAGAAAACUCAUCUUUCCAGACUAAUCAUUGCAGAUGCUCAUGAAAGAACAUUGCACGGUGGGACGCAGGCAACUCUGAACCUCAUACAAUCAUCGUACUGGAUCAUAGGCGGACGACUCCCAGUACGAUCCUAUAUUUAUCAUUGUAUGAAAUGUGCUCGUUUACGUGGCGAACGAGCGAAGCAGUUAAUGGGUCAAUUGCCGUUAUCAAGAAUCACUCCAGCCCGACCAUUUGCCGUCUGUGGUGUGGAUUACGCUGGUCCCAUCACGCUAAAGACUUGGAAAGGCAGAGGCGCCAAAACAUCUAAGGGUUGGAUGUGCAUUUUUGUGUGCUUCGUUACUUCUGCACUUCAUUUAGGGAUUGUAACAGAUUAUUCAGCAGACUCAUUCAUUGCAGCGUUCAGAAGGUUCACUGGACGUCGAGGUGUCUACAGAACUCUCCACAGUGAUUGUGGCACCACAGUUCAAGGCGCAGACACGCUCAUCAGACAACUCUUCAUGCAGGGGACUCAACAGUUCAGUCAACUCGCAGCUGUAUUUGCAAAGGAUGGAACUGAUUGGAAGUUUAAUCCACCAGCUGCACCACAUAUGGGAGGAAAAUGGGAAGCUGCAGUCAAAUCAGUAAAGUUCCAUCUUAACAGAACGAUAGGCGACUCACUCUUUACAUAUGAAGAGCUUUCCACACUGCUUGUCCAGAUAGAAGCAGUCCUUAACUCCAGACCACUCGAACCUCUCUCAGCCGACUCUACAGACAUCUCAGCAUUGACUCCAGCACACUUCUUGAUUGGUGAACCGCUUAUAACAUUACCAGAGCCUUCACUUGAAGAUGUGCCAAUGCCACGCUUGUCCAGGAGGCAAUUUAUUCAGCAGCGACUCCAAUCGUUUUGGUCAACGUGGUCAAAACAAUACCCUCAGCAGCAACUCGCCAUUUCCAAGUGGAAACACCCCUUUCACAACAUCACAGUCGGCUCACUUAUACUACUCACUGACGAGAGGUUCCCACCAACGAAGUGGCCUCUCGCCAGAGUGAUUGAGGUGUUCCCAGGAUCAGACGGACUCAUCAGAACGGUCAAACUCAGGACAGCAGCAGCAGAACUCAUCAGAACACUCACCAAACUAGUCAUCUUACCAUACACUCCACCAGCAGAAGAUCAGCAAAGGCAUUGCUGA